AUACUACAUACAACAUACAACCAGGACCAGAGGAUGGAAACACAACAUACUACAUACAACAUACAACCAGGACCAGAGGAGGGGAACACAACAUACUACAUAGAACCCGUCUAAUGCUGUGACACGUUUAUCAGCAGCAGCUCUGAUUGGCUGUCGGCUGAGUGGAUAAAUAAAAGCUUCCUUCCUUCCCUCCAGGAAUGCAGCUCCCCCUCUUCCUCCUCCACACAAACAUUUCCGCCUUAAAACUCAAAUUAUGUAACAGCAGCUCUGAUCUGCAGCUGGAGGAACGACAUGAGGAGAACAACUCAAAGAGAAGUUCAGCUCAGGCUGCUGGAGGACGAGGAGAUCAUCCAGAAGAUCAACCAGAAUUUAAACCAGGAGAUCAAAGAGAUCAACCAGAAGUUAAACCAGAAGAUCAACCAGAAGUUAAACCAGAAGAUCAACCAGAAGUUAAACCAGAAGUUAAAACAGGAGAUCAACCAGAACUUAAACCAGAAGUUAAACCAGAAGUUAAACCAGGAGAUCAACCAGAAGAUCAACCAGAAGUUAAACCAGGAGAUCAACCAGAAGUUAAACCAGAAGUUAAACCAGGAGAUCAACCAGAAGUUAAACCAGAAGUUAAACCAGGAGAUCAACCAGAAGUUAAACCAGGAGAUCAACCAGAAAUUAAAACAGAAGUUAAACCAGGAGAUCAACCAGAAGUUAAACCAGGAGAUCAACCAGAAGUUACACCAGGAGAUCAACCAGAAGUUAAACCGGAAGUUACACCAGGAGAUCAACCAGAUGUGAAACUAGGAGAUCAACCAGAAGUUAAACCAGGAGAUCAACCAGAAGUUAAACCAGGAGAUCAACCAGAAAUUAAAACAGAAGUUACACCAGGAGAUCGACCAGAUGUGAAACUAGGAGAUCAACCAGAAGUUAAACCAGGAGAUCAUCCAGAAGUUAAACCGGAAGUUACACCAGGAGAUCAACCAGAUGUGAAACUAGGAGAUCAACCAGAAGUUAAACCAGGAGAUCAACCAGAAGUUAAACCGGAAGUUACACCAGGAGAUCAACCAGAUGUUAAACCGGAAGUUACACCAGGAGAUCAUCCAGAAGUUAAACCAGGAGAUCAACCAGAAGUUAAACCGGAAGUUACACUAGGAGAUCAACCAGAAGUUAAACCGGAAGUUACAUAAGGAGAUCAUCCAGAAGUUAAACCGGAAGUUACACCAGGAGAUCAACCAGAUGUGAAACUAGGAGAUCAACCAGAAGUUAAACCAGGAGAUCAACCAGAAGUUAAACCAGGAGAUCAACCAGAAGUUCAACCAGAAGUUAAACCAGGAGAUCAACCAGAAGUUAAACCAGGAGAUCAACCAGAAGUUAAACCGGAAGUUACACCAGGAGAUCAACCAGAAGUUAAACCAGAAGAUCAACCAGAAGUUAAACCAGGAGAUCAACCAGAAGUUAAACCAGAAGAUCAACCAGAAGUUAAACCAGGAGAUCAAUCAGAGGUUAAACCAGAAGUUAAACCAGGAGAUCAACCAGAAGUUAAACCAGAAGUUAAAACAGGAGAUCAACCAGAAGUUAAACCGGAAGUUACACCAGGAGAUCAACCAGAAGUUAAACCAGAAGUUAAACCAGAAGUUAAACCAGGAGAUCAACCAGAAGUUAAACCAGAAGCUCAACCAGAAGUUAAACCAGGAGAUCAAUCAGAGGUUAAACCAGAAGUUAAACCAGGAGAUCAACCAGAAGUUAAACCAGAAGUUAAACCAGGAGAUCAACCAGAAGUUAAAACAGAAGUUAAACCACGAGAUCAACCAGAAGUUAAACCAGGAGAUCAUCCAGAAGUUAAACCGGACGUUACACCAGGAGAUCAACCAGAAGUGAAACUAGGAGAUCAACCAGAAGUUAAACCAGAAGUUAAACCACGAGAUCAACCAGAAGUUAAACCAGGAGAUCAACCAGAAGUUAAACCAGAAAAUCAACCAGAAGUUAAACCAGGAGAUCAACUUGAAGUUACACAAGGAGAUCAACCUGGAGCUGAGGGUGACUGAGUCCACGUCUGGUUCUACAAGUUCACUACAUGGAAAUGUUCCUCUGUACCCCUAUGGAGAUAUUCCAUUAAAAAUCAGUCAUUUCCAGCUACAAUAGUCAUUUACCACAUUAACUAUGUCUACACUGGAUUUAUCAUUCAUUUAAUGUUAUAUUCACUGGAAAAAAUAAAAGAUUUUGUCUGUUC